CUCGGCCUCCUCCAGCGCGACCUGCAAGAGGCGCCUCCCAAUCGGCCGGAGAUAAUUCAUCUCGCGCGUCUGCGCGGCGCGGCGACCUUUCCAUGGCCUCUCCCAAUGUGACGCGACUAGCGUCGACAUGCCCCAAGAGGCUCACCCCCACACGAUGCAACUUGAGACUAACCCUGGCGCAGCCACCAAGCCUGCUGCUCGACUGGACCGCACCCCCGUCCCGUCUCCGAUAGGGAUCAAGAUGCCGCGGGCACACGCUGAGAUGCCAACCUGGUCGAACCCGGGCCCGCUGUCGCGCUUAUCCCAUCCCCCAUCUGCACAUGCACACGGAUGGCACGCUGCUCAUACCCUGUGCACAUGGCAGGGAUCCCUUUCACAAUGCCCUUCCCUCCUGGCACACCUCAAAACAGCUUGCCUCGCGCCAAGCAUAGCUAGGUCCUCUUUCAUCACUCCUUGGCUGCAUGGCGACUGCUCACCCUGCUCUGCAUCACCCAGGUCUCGAUCUCCGGCUAGCCUCCCCGUAUCUAGCCUGUUCGGUAUACUCCACAGUACCGUAAUCCUUGCGCCUCGCGGGAUGAGUAGAAUAGCCUUCGAUUCGCAAAUCUAUGUAUAUGUACACCCCCCAAACUCGCCUCCAACCACAAGCGGUGCCACUCGAUAUACUCUCCACCUCCUCAGCUAAUCAUCACAUACCUCCCACGCCGAACCCCUCAUCCCGUCUCUUGUAUACAUAUCGCUUCCUCGACCACUGAUACUCAUAUAGCCACCGUCUCGGC